ACGCGCUGGCCCUUCACGCCCACGCACGCACGGACACAUCGACACAUCCUGUCACGUCACGCCCGACCUUCCAAGCGCACGAUGGCUUUCAAAGGCAGCAACGGCGUGGCCGUGGAAAGACGCGUGGAUCUGGCGUCCCUCUUCUGCAUGAUCGGGCGACACGGCCCCGCAGUGGCUCUGGUCGUGUUCGCCAUGGUGUCCGUGCUGGCGGGUUUGGUCAUCUACCGAACCGUGAGGGGGAGGAGGAGGAAGAAGAAGGCCGCCGAACAACCAGAGGGAAAGAACCCGCCCGCGGAAACCGACGAGGCGGCGAAGCAAACUGGGCGAGAACCGCAAGCGUUUGCGGCUUCAACAGAUGUUGGUGAUGUGGCAAACGAGGAUGAUUAUGACUCCACUGGGACUCUCCUCAAAGUCAGACAUCGUACUACUGCGGCUGCUGAGAAGAGCCUGUCACCCUGGGCAUCUGACGUCCAAGUACCGGUCGACCAACAUGCUACAUCACCGCACACGCAGCGAGUGGAGUCUGUGCCGUCGUCUUUCAGAGAAAUCCAGGUGUACUUGGAGAAGCCCAGUUGGAGUCUGCAAAGUGUUGGGGCAGAAAUACAAGGGGAAUCUGCUACUGUUUGCCACCUAUAUUCAACAGAUGAUGACUCAUUUAGGGAUGAAGGGAUUUCAGAAGGCAGCUUGAAGGAGCCUGAGUCCAUUCGGGAUCAGAUCUGCCAUGAAGAAGUCGACAAUGCAGAAAACCAAGUUCACAAGUCUGUGACCACAGAUGAGGAUUGUUCUGACAACAAGAAAACUAGAAAAGAAGAGGAAACCUCUCAGCCUUGGUCAAGUAACCAAGUGUGCUUUGAGCAAACCCGUCCCAUCAGAGAAGCUGAUCAUGACAAACAAGACAACAAAACCACAGCAGAAAGUGGAACAGUGGAACUCGACAUUGAAGAACAUUUAAUGUCAACAGACAAGAGCCUAAAGGAUGAGUUUGAGGAGGUGAUUCAACAUCAAGACGGUGCCGAUCCUAGUGUAUGUUCCUCUGAUCACUUCGCUCCAGAAGAGGGAAAGAAACAUGCAGUCAUCAAUGAAGAGCAGGAGACAGAGGAUGACAGCAACAGUACUCUGGCUGCUGAAGCAACUGAAGCAGAUUCAGAUGGCUUGAAGACCACAGCUGUUGAUUUUGAUGCUCGGUCACCACCGUUGGAUAAUCCAGAAAUCCAGGUCGAACGUAAAGUGGAACACAGCCUGACAAGCAACCAAGAGAUGGACCUCCUUCCUGAUAGUGAGCUAGUAGAGAGUUGCAAUGUUGUUAGCAGCAGGGAAGAUGUAAGUUCAAGUGUCCCACCUAUGGUUGACAAUGAUAUGCCAGGCAUCACCUCUGAAGCAGCACCCCAAAUUGACUCGGUUUCAGAUGUAUCAACUAAUGAUCAACAAGCACAGAAAGAAGUUCCUACUGUUGAUGAACCGCCAAUGCCAUCAGAUGACACUGAAAGCCUCUGUGAAAUUAUUGAAAAAGCUACAACUGCUACACAAGAUGAGGCGCCUGUUGACCAUAUUUGUGAACACCACAAUUUGUCUUUUGAAAAUCAACAAAGUGUUCAAGAACUUGACCACAAUGCUUUGAAAACGAUAAGUGUUGGUUUCGCUCCUGACCCAUCUUGUGACAUUGAAGCAUACAUCUACGAAGACCAGUAUGGUGACAACACGAAGGCCACAACUUUCGAGCAGCCGAGGUUCGAUUUGCCAGGUGACACAGAUGCCAGAAACGAUAACUUUCAUGAGGACAUUGCGUCUUCCUCUCAAGAUCAACAAAAUGAUCAAAAUGCUGAUGAUUUUUCCUUUCUCACCGCUCCUGCUCCCGUCGUGACCGAAGGUACAAUGAACCCACCCAAGCUUCAAAUUUGCCUACCGCUCUUUGAGCCAAGCAAGCUGAGGGAUAACAACAUAUGUGGUGGGGGUGAAGAAAGUGGGAUUUCCAGCAUGGCUGUCAGUCCUGAGUUGCUCGAUCUUGGGAUUAACUUUGACACCAUUGGGAUACCAGCGAAGGCUCAGGAGUCACAGGCUGAGGCAAAGCUGGAGCCUCAAACUUGCCUUUUGGUUGACGAUGCAACUCUAUCAGGCUUGGAGGAAGAUGUGAUGGUGUAUGUGCCUCACACAGUUGCACUGCCAAUGCAGCCCUGCAGUCAAAUCAUAGACUCUGCUAAUGAUGAGUCAGUGGCAGUAAAUGAGGGCAUGUUUGGCCAUGUUAUUGAGCAAGGCAACCAAAGAGAGACAGACAAGUUUACAGUGCCGGUCCAAAGUGAUGAUUGGGAAAGACAGGCAGAAAUGAAAGUUGCUGCGGUUUCAGGUGUUAAUGAGAAAUUGGAAUGUGCAGAAAACAAAGCGGCAAAGAUGGAAAAUGAGGACGAUGCGAAGACUGAAAUAAAUAUCAUGGAGGCAACAAUGGACCAUAAUGAGUGGAUCACAGAUGGUAACCUGAACUUUCCUUGGCUGAAUCUCUCUUUGCCAUCUUUUGGUGGUGAGAACCACACAUCAUCCCAGCAGCUUCCCACUGAAGAAUCCAAUAACCCAGAUUCAGAGCAUCAAUCUCUUCCUCAAGUCAAACAAAUUGAUGGAUGGGAUUUUGAAGAAAACAUAAAGAGCAAAAAAGUUAAGGUGACCUUCCGUGUCCACUACCUCACCCAUUCACUGUUCCAGAUGUUGGCUGUAACAGGGGACCAGCAGGAGCUUGGUAACUGGAAGGGGUUCAUCCCUCUCGAGAGCACCAAAGAUGGAUACUGGAUGGCCGUGGUGAGCCUUCCUGCUGAUAACCAUGUGCAGUGGAAGUUUGUGGUUGUAGAAAACGGGGAGGUAUGUCGCUGGGAAGAAUGUGGCAACCGGCUGCUCAAUACGGGAUGUGGCGAAGACCUGCUUGUGCACAGAUUGUGGGGAUUUCUGUGAGAAGUGAUGGGGAAAUGAUCAUGAAGCCUGUUUUAUUUUGGCACUAAGUAAGACCUACGAAAUUACAUCGAAAUGGUAACUAUGUUUUCACUGCGAAAUAAAGUAUCCAUGUGCGUGUCUGGUAAAUAGUAUGGACACAUGCACAUUGUGUUCCCAACACUUCUGCAAAACCAUGGUACAGUUGCUUUGCUAAAGAAUGACAGUACAAGCAAUUUAUUGUUGUUAUUCUCAUGGAGGUAAGACUAUUUUCUAACAUGGGGUUCCUAAAAAAAAAAAAAAAAAAAAAAAAAAGUUUGAAACU